AUUUUCCCGUUUACCAACGUGAAUCACUGCAACCGCCCAGGUUCAUAUCUCAGUCAUCAUCAUCAGGAGGCUUUGUCAACAAAGGAAUGUCAAAAAUACUACAAUGCCAGGCACUAGGAUACCCACAACCGCAGUACAAAUGGUUCAAAGACGGCGUGGAGCUGUCGGACUUCACGACGGAGCACUUUUACAAAAUACUGAACACGCGUGAGGAAGACGGAGGGACUUACCAAUGCUUGGCGAAAAACGACGUCGGCGCCAUUCUGAGCGGAAAGUUAGAAUUCACCGUGGCAUAUAUGGACGUGUUUCAAAACAACACUGAGAGGACUGUAAAGGUGCAGCAGGGAGCAGCAGCGAUCCUCGACCUGCUGUCGAUACCUAGUAACCCUCCACCUUUGGUCCAGUGGCAGACAGACGACGGUUCUAAUCUGUACGACAGGGAAUACGUCGUCUCCCCGACGAACCAGCUGAUCAUACUAUCCGUUAAUCCAACGCACCAGAAGGCUUACAGGGCUAGGGCGACGAACACCCAGCUUGGAAAGGAGGAGAACAGUGCCUAUAUAAGACUGAUUGUGGGUGGGCCGGAAGUCUCGGAAGUCGCCCCGGAGGUGAUCGUCGGCCCGAAUGAUCUCCAUAUUGUCAAAGGACAUCUUGAGACGAAUCUCUAUUGUAUCGUCAAUGCCAGGCCAUUAUAUGAAUUAGAGACCGCAUGGUACAAAGACGGAAUACUUAUUGAAAACACAGGGAUAGCACAUAGGUUCAAUGAUCCGUGGAAUAGGACACUUUCUCUAGUCAGUGCUAACCUAACGCACACCGGUCAGUAUACUUGCAAGGCAUGGCUUAAGUCAGGAGGAUAUCCAGAAGUCACUGUGACAGCUAUGGUCACAGUUAUAGAACCGCCUUCGUUUGUUAUCGGGGCUUUGAGGUCAGAAACUCUAGGAGAUUAUGGCUCGAUGGUGACAUUACCUUGUGAAGUGAUGGGCAUCCCUCCUCCUAAUAUAACUUGGUAUAGGAACGGUGUCAAUUUAAUGACACUUCGUCAAAAAGACCGCUAUGCAUUCGAAGAAGAUGGCUCAUUGGUAAUUAAAAAACUUAAAGCCGAAGAUACAGGAAUGCUUCAGUGUGUUGCUACAAAUGAAGGCGGCUCUGAUUCUAUUGUCACAUGGCUAAAAGUAAAAACUUCAGCACCUGUGAUGGAGACACCACCCCAAAACACUACAGUGCUCGAUGGAAAGGACAUCACACUGCUGUGUCGUGUGGCCGGCUCUCCCGUCCCAAACACAACAUGGAUAUAUGGAAACAACCAAGUAGUCGGUGUUACUGGUAGGAUACAGAUUCUAGAAAAAGGAGAUCUUCUUAUAGCUGCAGUGAAAGAAUCUGAAGCAGGAAAGUACACUUGUGUUCGCUCGAAUGAAGCAGGGAGAGUUGAAGCCUCUGGAUACCUCAGUGUUUUAGUCCGCACACAGAUAAUCCAGCCCCCUGUUGAUACGAAAGUUCUUCUUGGAAAUACAGCGACCCUUCAGUGCAAAGUAUCCAGUGACCCUACGGUCCCUUACCAGAUCGAUUGGUUCCAUAACAAUUUACCUGUUGGAGUUGGAACCCAGAGGGUAAGAGUCGGAGGUGAUGGUAUGUUGACGAUACAAGCUGUGAGGGCGGCUGAUGUUGGGGACUACACAUGCAUGCUCAGUUCAGCCGGUGGAAAUGAAACAAGAACUGCUCGUCUCAGUGUCAUUGAACUGCCUUAUCCUGUAAUGAAUGUGAAAGCAACGAGAUUUAACCAAAGAGUGGUAAAUGUCACCUGGACACCAGCAUUUGACGGAAAUAGUCCAAUAAUCAAAUAUAUUGUUCAGAGGAGAGAAGUAUCAGAUUAUGGUUUGAUUGCUGAUCCUUUGCUUAAUUGGGUGACUGAGGAUGCAAAUGUCUCGGCAGACGCUCGUUGGGUUGUUUUGAGCAAUUUAAAAGCCGCUGCUUCUUAUCAAUUUAGAAUAUCAGCAGUUAAUAGUGUCGGUGAAGGAUCGCCGUCAGACCCGAGUAAUGUCGUUGCCCUGCCACAAGAGCCACCCUCUGGUCCGCCUCUCGGUUUUGCGGGUUCUGCAAGGUCUUCAUCAGAAAUAAUAACUCAAUGGCAGCCGCCGCUCGAUGAACAUAAAAAUGGCCAAAUUCUGGGAUACAUUAUUCGUUACAGGCUGUUUGGAUACAACCAUAGCCCUUGGACCACUCACAACAUAACCAAUGAAGCCCAGAGGAAUUUCCUUAUACAAGAUCUCAUCACAUGGAAAGAUUAUAUAUUACAAAUUGCUGCAUACAACAACAAAGGAAUUGGUGUUUUUAGCGAUGGAAUAAAAAUAAAAACUAAAGAAGGAGUUCCUGAGGCACCUCCUGGUAAUGUAAGAGUAUCAGCACUGAACUCAACUUCGGUCUUUGUCUCUUGGAAACCGCCAAAUCCACAAAAAAUAAACGGCAUCAAUCAAGGAUACAAAUUACAAGCGUACAUAGGAGAUAAGGUUGUCCAUUCAGUCACAGUGCCCCCAAGUUUAUUAGACCCAUUGGAAGAACAGAAAACCAUAAUGACUGGACUUGAUAAAUAUGUCGAGUACAACAUUACCGUUUUGUGCUUUACCGAUCCAGGGGAUGGGGUUCAAAGUGAACCUAUAACUGUCACAACACAUGAAGACGUGCCUGAUGAAGUCAAGGGACUUCAGUUUGAAGAUAUAUCUGACAGAGCUGUAAAAGUAGUUUGGAAUCCACCUGUUAAAUCCAAUGGAAUUCUUACUGGUUAUGUUUUGACAUACAGCAUCAAAAACAAACCAAAAACUAUGAAAACUGUUGAACUUCCUUCAAAUACGACAAGUGUGCGGGUUGAACAACUCCAGGCUACUACACAUUAUAAAUUUUCCGUAAGUGCAAGGACAAAUGUAGGCAUAGGUCCUCCGAGAGAAGCUACAAUCCAGUCAGGAGUUGAACCUGUUUUACCUUCCCCUCCGACAAAACUCGCUGUAACAAAUAUAGAACCUUUUUCGGUAGUUUUGCAAUUUACGCCUGGUUUUGACGGAAACAGUUCAAUAACAAAAUGGAUCAUAGAGGCAAAAACAGCAAGAAAUUCAAGUUGGUUUGCAAUGAGGGAAUUCUGUCAACCCGAAGGGAAUACGGUGACAGUAGAUGGCCUUACUCCAUUCACGGUGUACAUGCUUAGGAUGAUAGCGAGUAAUGUAGUGGGUAACUCAGAGCCUUCUUUACCGACAAAAGAGUUCCAGACGAUCCAGGCACCUCCAGCACAUCCUCCCAGAAAUGUCACUGUACGCGCAAUGAGCGCAACAGAGUUGAGAGUGAGAUGGAUUCCAUUGCAACAAGUCGAGUGGUUCGGCAAUGCAAGAGGAUACAACAUAACAUAUUCUGAAAUCGGGACAAACAUUUUUAAAAGUAUAUCAAUUGAAGAUCACACUGCAAACUCACACAUAUUGAACAAUCUCGAAGAAUAUACUCAAUACCAAGUCACUAUGAAUGCUUUUAACGAUGUAGGCACUUCGACCAUGAGUCCUCCUGCCUUAGAAAGAACUAGAGAAUCUGUUCCUUCAUUUGGUCCAAUGGAUGUUGAAGCAAAUACAACUUCAUCCACAACGAUUGUCGUAAAAUGGGGAGAUGUGCCUAGAGAACAUAGAAAUGGGCAAAUUGAAGGUUUUAAAGUAUUUUAUGGAGGAGUGAGAAACCAGCCACCAAAGAUCAAAGAUAUUCCAACAAAUAAGACUUUCACUACUACAUUAACUGAGCUGAGGAAAUUCCAGGUCUAUAGCAUUCAAGUGUUGGCAUAUACGCGUUUAGGCGAUGGUAUAUUAAGCACACCUCCUGUAAGGGUUCAAACCUUCGAAGAUGUGCCUGGUGCUCCUUCAAAUGUCUCAUUUCCUGACGUAUCACUUACAAUGGCUAGGAUCAUUUGGGACGAACCGGAUGAGCCUAAUGGAGAAAUCAUUGCUUACCGUAUCAAUUACAGAUUACAACAUAAUACAUACGGUGUUCCAUCAACAUUUAAUUUUUCUAGGGAGUUCCCUCCAUCAGAUCGGACAUACAGGGUAACUGAAUUGGAACCAGAGCAAUACUACAUGUUCUCAGUCAGCGCGCAAACCAAACUCGGCUGGGGAAAGUCAGCCAGCGCUGUAGUUUACACCACAAAUAACAGAGAGGCACCAGAACCACCUUCAAAACCACAAUUAUCAAGAAGUCAGUUACAAGCAACGCAAAUCACAUUUAGCUGGACUCCUGGACGUGAUGGUUAUGCUCCGCUAAGGUACUACACAGUCGAAGUUUCUGAAGGUGUGGGUCCUUGGAUGGGUCUCAUGGAGCGACUCGAUCCCCAGGUCACUUCAUUUACCGCCACCAAGCUGAAGCCAUUUACGCUCUACAGAUUCAGAAUUCAAGCCACAAAUGACAUUGGCCCGAGUGGUUGGAGUCCUGAAAGCGCCCAGGUCCGGACUUUACCCGCUGCACCAAGUAGGGCAGUUUCAGGUGUCAGAGUAGUUCCAAUUACAACAAACAGCGUAGAAGUCAACUGGGCCCCCAUACCCGCUGCUUUCUGGAGUGGGGAUCAACAAACCGGUGGUUACAGGAUCAUGUUCCAGCCAUUAACUGACUUUCCGACUUCACUUCAAGCCACUCCAAAACAAGAAGUCCAAGGAGUUGAUUCAAGACAGGUGGUUUUAACCGACUUAAUGAGAGAUCACAAUUAUGAAAUAGUAGUUGCUGCUUUCAACUCAGAAGGGGUAGGCCCAUACAGCACCCCUGUUACAGUUUAUGUUGGAGAAGCAGUCCCUACAGGUCAACCUCUUCGUGUGAAUGCGACACCCAUCUCUCCAACAGAAAUCCGUGUCCGGUGGACUCCUCCACAAAGCAGCAUGCAAAAUGGAGAUCUCCUAGGUUAUAAAAUUUUUUAUCUCAUGGUCGAGUCACCUCAGGAUUUAGGGCCUGAUGAAAAAAUAGAAGAGGAGACAGAAGUCGUCCCUGCGACAUACAACUCUCACAGUUUAGUUUUUCUAGACAAAUACACAAAGUACAAAAUACAAAUUUUGGCAUUCAAUCCAGCUGGCGAUGGUCCAAGAUCAACACCCAUAACUGUCAGGACCCAUCAGGGUCUUCCUGGGCCUCCGAGAAAUCUUGAAUUUACUGAAAUAACAAUGACAAGUCUCAUCGUUUCAUGGGACCCUCCUAAGAAACGCAACGGUGAACUGAUAGGUUAUAUAGUCACAUAUGAAACAGCAGAACAAAAUGACCGAUUUAGCAAGCAAGUAAAGCAGAAGGUGUCCGAGCCAAAACUAGAAGUGCAGACGCUUGAAGAGGAAGUGUCCUACACGUUCACCGUACGCGCUGAAACAAUUGAUUACGGCCCUCCCAUCAGAGCUAAUGUGACGACCGGACCUCAAGAGGGAUCUCCAAGCACACCCCGUGCAUUUACUGUUGCCAAGACAGUCACAAAUGUAGAAAUGCACUGGUCAAACACUGCUUCUGGAAAAGGGCCUAUUCUUGGAUACUACAUCCAAAGCAAAAGAAAAGAUGACACUAGGUGGACAACUGUGACAAGGACUGGAAAUGGGCCACUGCAGGAAUUUAGCGUCUCUUACCAAAAUCUUUUACCAUCAACAUUUUACAAUUUCCGUUUAAUAGCUUACAACAAAUUCGGCAUCAGUUAUCCAGCUUAUUCUGAUGACGCUGUUUUAACUCCAUCAAAGCUUUACCUCGAGUAUGGCUACCUACAGAUGAAGCCUUUUUACAGGCAGACGUGGUUUAUGGUAGUUGUGGCAGCAAGCUCGAUAAUAAUAAUCAUAAUGGUCGUCGCCGUUCUCUGCGUAAAAAGCAAGAGUUAUAAAUACAAACAAGAAGCACAGAAGACUCUUGAAGAAUCCAUGGCAAUGGAUAUCAACGACAGACAAGAGCUAGCAAUGGAAGUGUACCGGGGUAAUAAGCGAAACGGCACCCUUGGCAGGUCCCAACCACCAAUGCUUCCAAAACCCCCUCCUCGACCGUCUCCCGCUUCGGUUGCCUAUCACAGUGAUGAUGAAAGUCUUAAAGCUUACGAUGAAAACCCUGAUGAUAGCAGCCUGACGGAAAAACCAUCUGAGAUAAGUUCUACUGAUUCACAGGGAUCUGAAAGUGAAAAUGAAAGUGUAAGGUCAGAUCCUCAUAGUUUCGUCAACCAUUAUGCGAACGUAAACGAUUCGCUCAGGCAGUCCUGGAAGAGACAGAAACCCGUCAGGAAUUACUCCAGCUACACAGACUCGGAGCCUGAGGGCAGUGCCGUUAUGAGCUUAAAUGGUGGACAAAUCAUCAUGAACAACAUGGCCAGGUCAAGAGCACCACUACCCGGCUUCUCGUCAUUUGUAUAAUACCCACUCGGUAAGGUGGAAGAAGAAGAGCCAGAGAGUCAAGCUGACAUCAUCGACGACAUCGGAAAUGUCGGAACACGAUUUUAAACAUACGUGGCUCUUAAUUUUUUCCACUUUACCAUAAAAUUGAAA